AUGAAGAACCCCGCAACAUCUUUCCACAUUGCUGUCUUCCUUGUUAUUAGCUUCGCCUUCUUUUCGUCUCCUUCUCGCGCGAACUCAUGUAAUGGUCCCUGCCAAACACUUGAUGAUUGUGACGGCCAAUUGAUUUGCAUCAUUGGAAUUUGCACCGAAGACCCCCAAGUGGGCACACACAUAUGCGGCAAUUCGCCUCCGUCUCCAUCUAGUGGCGGAUGUCAGCCUUCAGGCACUAUGUCUUGCAACGGACAAUCUUACCCAAAAUAUGAUUGCUCCCCGCCCGUGACAUCCUCAACUCGAGCCACCUUGACAAAUAACGACUUCAGCAAAGGAGGUGAUGGUGGAGGCCCGUCGGAGUGUGAUGACAGUUACCACGAGAAUUCCGAGCUGAUUAAUUCCGAAUUGAUUGUUGCACUAUCAACAGGGUAGCAUGCUAAUGGAUCUCGUUGAGGUGAUAGGAUUAGUAUAACGUCUAUGAGAACUUGGAAGAGCGUGAUGGCCAAAGUGGUUGACGAAUGUGACUCAAGGUGUGGGUUUGACGAUGAACAUGAUUAUCAGCCAUCGUGCAAGAACGACAUUAUUGAUGGGUCGGAUGAUGUGUGGCAUGCUUUGGGGUUGGACAUAGAUGUGGGUGAAGAGGAUGUGCCUUGGUCCAUGGCAGAGUUUUUUGGCCGCCGAUAUGUCCUCAUACUUUUCUGUAUACGAAAACCAUCCCUCCCUCGCUUUGCUAUGAAGGCCAUGCCCACCGAGAAUUCUAGAGUGACAGAAACUUACCUCUGA